CGUUUCGCACGGGGUUACAGAUCAAUUAUUGCGAGGGAGUGGUACAUGGAGCUCCCAGAUGCCGUUCGACAUAUUGUAGAUGAGGCCGGGUUUGGUCCGUUUUGUAUGGAGUUGUCGCGUCAUCCGACGAGAAGGACCCUUCUGGGCGCACUUGUGGAGAGAUGGUGGGACACCACCAACUCCUUCCAUUUUUCUGCCACCGGGGACAUGACGAUGACCCCGUAUGACUUUUCCAUACUGACGGGCCUCGAUGUGGCAGGCCGGCCGAUCCCAUACGAUACUGAUAUGGGGGAGUGGGAGGCAGCUUGGACUUAUCUACUCGAAGCCCAUUCGCCGCCUUGCAGAUCACCGGGCAUGGUUAGGUACACCUGGUUUGCGGAGCAGUAUAGAUGGACUACGCCCGAGACUAUUGAGGCCAUACAGCAGUAUGCUCGGGGAUUUUUGAUGUUCCUCCUCGGGACCACUCUUUUCUCCGAUAGGGGGAGCACAGUCGGGCUUUAUCUUCUCAGUGCUCUGGUAGACCUAUCACAGGUCUGGCAUUUUGAUUGGGACGGCGCUGGCCUCGCUACCCUUUAUUGCUACAUGAGUGCGACCUCCCGAGAGCGGGGGACCAUAGUAGGUGGCUACUGGCGAGCCUGGGAGGUACAUUCGGCCCUCUUGAUUUACAUUUCUGCUUUUCAUUAUCUGUAUACCACACACUGCACACAUUGCACACUUUACAUUCCGUGCUCUGCAUUCUGUACUCAGCAUUUUGCAUUUUCUAUACAUUCUGUAUUCGCAUUCUACACUCAACACUCUGCAUUUUCUAUACAUUCUGUAUUCUUAUUACCACUGUCUUGCCUUUCAUAGCUGUGGGUUUAUGCCUACUUCUCGACGCUCGCUCCCGAGCUGGAGGUCGAGGCACCGCUUGAGAUACCGUACUCGCGCCGAUUCGAGGGUCGGUGUCUGUCCAGGCCUCAGGAGACAUUGCUAUAUCUCCAGUAGUAUUUCGACAUGGUGUGGGCAGACGAGAUCACUUGGCAGCCUUGGCUGGCGAUGCCCGGGUAUUCCCGGUUCCAGUUCGCCGGGGCAUGGGGCGCCUCACGAUAUAGGGUUUUGUUUGAGGGACCAGUCGGCAGAGCCUGGUUUCUCGGGGAUCACUUCAUGCGCCAGACGAUGGGCAAUCCCACUCAGGAGAUCCCCUCAGCACCUCCACUCGACAUGCGGUCCACAGAGAGCCUCACUCCCCGGGAGGUUAACGACCUUAUGUUGGGUGUCGACGCAGAUCUUUUCCUGGAGGAGGGGGAGUACGCGAUAUACCGCCAUACAUACUUGAUGCCUCCACUGAUAGGUGUCCGUACUCCUACGAGGAAGGCUGCUGAUAUGCCAUCGUCGAAUCGCGCUCGAGCUACAGACAUCCCUUCCACUAGCAGGGCUAGCAAAUCGAGGGGUAGGGCUAGAGGGAUGCCCUCGACUUGCCAGUAUGCUGGGUGGCCAGUUCUUCCGACCGAGCUGAUGGGCUGGCAGUAUGGGUCAUCUUACCCGAUUCCACUAGAGCCUCCAUUGCCCGAUCAUCGAUACGUCAGUGACCCUGACUCACCACCGCCUCCCAGAGAGUAUACUGAGGGGUUGCUCGAAGUGGUGGCCUCACUCGAGAGCAUGGUCCUGCGGAGGGAGACGCUGCUGUACGCCUCCGGCAUUUCGGUCACACCACUAUAGGCCGGGCCAUCUAGGCCUUCUCGAUCAGCUGGGAGAGGGACCUUGACUCGCGGCCGGGGGAGACGCAAAGCACCUGUCAGACAUGACGAGGAGUCCAGCGAGGAGGAGGAGUCGGCACAUCCACAGUCAGAGACAUCUGCAGGCAGGGAUGAUGACUCUGGUUCCAGUUCUAAAGACGGAGGUGACGCCGAGGAGGAUUCCGAGGACAGCGGCUCUGAUUCGGACGGAGAUGCCGACGAUGGUGGCACAGAGGCUGCUUAGCUGAAGAGGUCAAAUAGGGCCUCUCAGUUUUGAGCUUGAUAGCACUGAUGCAGAUAUUCCUACUUUAUUUUUCUUUUUACAUGUGGUUGUAGCACAUUGUAUAGCUUAGGUAGUUUUAUUUUCUUU